AUGUUUAGCAAAAAGCAACAAAAGGAGAAAGAAAGACAGUUGAUAGAAGCUGUUAAUAGUAGAGGUAACGAUAACAAAUGUGGUGAAUGUGGAGCUUCACACCCAACAUGGGCCUCGUACACUAUAGGUAUAUUAUUGUGCGGAAGAUGUGCUUCGGUGCAUAAGCGAGUUCUUGGCCCUCCUAGCCAUAACAUAUCGAAAGUCAAAUCAUUGACAUUGGAUAAUUGGACAGAAGAACAAAUCAGCCAAUUGCGCCGAAUUGGAAACCGAAAGGCGAAAAGAAAGUGGAAUUCGAAAAGAAUACCCUUCCCAUACGAUGGGGAUGACGACGUCAGUGCCGUCGAACAAUACCUAAGAGACAAGUACAUUGCGGGUAAAUUUCGCGACGACGGUAUUGAGAAUCCUGACUAUGAUGACCGAUCGAGUAAGUUUGGCGAUGCUGAUCAGGGCAGCUCGUAUUCACAACGGACACUGGCAAGACUGAGAUCAAAUAGUACACGUAGCCAGAGUGCUUCGAUUCCAAAACUUACGCAUAGAAAAUUAACCACAUUCGAAUAUACUCAGUAUUACACACAGGCAAUGAAGAUUAGACUGUAUGGUUACAAUGACCGUAACGCCGUUUUGGAGAGUUUAUUAUUGAGCAAUGGAAACAUAGAGUUGGCACUUGACAUAUUGGAACAGGACUCAAAAAUUAACCCAACAAAAGAAGAAAUUGCCCCUGAGUUGCCAAGGAGACCGCAACCUAGCUCAGCUAACACCAACGAAAAGACACAGGCGUCGUCUGAUGAAUGGUGGAACGGAAGCACAACAAUUCUGCCCCAGGUAUCAGCAGUCACAGGAGCACAAACUACUGGAAUGCCGCAAAUUUACCAAUACACAGACCCCAUAACUGGCCAGAUUUCGUAUAUUGACUCGAAUGGACAGGAGUAUCUUGAUCCGAACAACCCGCAACAUCAAAACCAGUUGAUGCAAAUGUCCAACCCACAAUUGAUAGCCCAGCAGACCAAUAAACAAAAUAUAUUGUCAUUAUAUAGUCAACCAACUGGCCAAGCAUUCACGCAACAGCAGCAGCAGCAGCAGCAGCAACAACAACAGCAACCACAACAACCACAAUAUACCAAUACAAUAUAUUUACAGCAACAACCACAACAACCACAGCAGUUUACUGGAUUUGGCCAAGCACAACAAACAGGAUAUAUGUUUGGACAAUAUCCACAACAGCAUAAUGGAUAUUGGAGACAGUAG